AUGAAAUCUAUUUUCAAUGCCCUGCGAGCCCAGUAUCCGGCACACCGCUUGCACAUCCUCAAUUCCAAACGGAAUACCGGCAGUCUCACAUACGACGGCAUUGAUGUCUGUGCAGAACGUCUCGUUCUAGAAAUUGAAGAAGAGCUUGAAUCCAUACGGAACCGGGGCGGCAGCGUCACCAAACUCUCUGUUGUGGGAUACAGCAUCGGAGGCCUCGUGGCGCGAUAUGCCGUCGGCUUGUUAGAGAGUAGAGGAAUCUUCAUUGACCUUGAUCCCAUGACAUUCACGACGUUUGCAACGCCUCACCUCGGCGUCCGAUCGCCCUUCGCCGGGUGGCACCAUCAGGCAUGGAAUGCUUUGGGUGCCAGGGUUCUCUCCGAGUCUGGUCGACAGCUUUUCACUGUAGACUCGUUCCGGGGCAGCGGUCGGCCUUUGUUGUCUAUCCUCGCCGAUCCAGAUUCCGUCUUUAUGACUGGCCUGGCGAAGUUCAACCGGCGCGUCCUAUACGCGAACAUUAUCAACGACCUACAGGCAGCCUACUACAGCGCCGCCAUUACCAAAACAGAUGUUACUCCAGGCCAGCGGAAGUAUUUCUCAGGCAAAGAAGCUACGGGGGGUAUCAGUUGUUGGAAGGCGUCAAUCUGGGCGUAUUUUGAAAGCGCACCGGUGGACUUGUUCAUUGUGGUGACAAUUCCGAUUGCUGUGCUUUUUCUUCUCUGCAAUGCAGUGGUCCAGUCCAUCUGGGGAUAUUUUCGGAUUCGGAAUCACCAACAGCUAUAUAUUAACGCCUUCUUGCCUGUAGAUAUAAAACGCUCGCGUCACGAUGGAUGCUCGGACACUGGGAGGAUCCACGGCUCCAGGAUGCGGCUGACACCGUCCCAGUUGUCCAUGAUAUCAGCGCUCAACGAGGUAGGAUGGCACAAGUACCCAGUGUGCAUCCACAGGGAUAAGCGCAGCCAUGCAGCCAUCAUUGCCCGGACGGACAUAGCGAGGUUCGCGGAGGGACAUCUAGUAUUGAAGCACUGGGUGGAAGAGGGGCUUUUGAUCUGA